AAGGGUAUCCAGAAGUCGCGAAAGCUUUUUGUUAUUUAUUUUUUUUUUUUCGAGUGGCGCUAUGAACGAGCAACAAGAUGGCAGCCUCCAACUCGGGUAUACCAAAUGAAAUUCCGGCCAAAAAAGAGGAUGAAUUUAACGAGUUUUAUACGGAAGUUAAAGAAAUUGAGAAAAGAGAUUCCGUUUUAACACCUAAACAACAAAUCGACAGACUGCUGCGGCCUGGAUCCUCCUACUUCAAUUUGAACCCGUUCGAAGUUCUGCAAAUAGAUCCUGCGACAUCCAUCGAUGAAGUUAAAAAAAAAUACCGCCGGAUGUCCAUAUUGGUGCAUCCGGAUAAAAAUCAAGAAGAUGCCGAAAGAGCCCAACAAGCUUUUGAAAUUGUGAACAAGGCCUGGAAGACGUUGGAAAAUGAGGAAACAAGAGCAAAAUGUAUGGAUGUUAUCGAGGAGGCAAAAGCAAGGACGGAUCACAUGAUCACGGAAAAGAAAAAAAAAUUAAAAAAGGAAGGCAAGACCAUUGGCGAGGGAGCGCUGGGUUUACUCGACGAGGAAACGGACGGGGGUUACAGACACGCUAUUUGGGUCAUGACCAUGAAACUUUUCGCGGACAUGGAAAGAAGGAGGAGAGAGUUAGCAACACGUGACGUUGAGCAACGGAAACGAAAACGUGAGGAAGAAUUAUCCGCGGAGGCACAAGCGGCGCUAGAAAGAGAGUGGCAAAGAAAUUUCGAAGAAUCUAGACAGUCGAGAGUCGACAGUUGGAAGGCAUUUCAGUCAGGAUCUGGUUCAUCGUCAGCGACGAAGCAGAAAAAGCCUAAAAAAAUGAAAACCUUCAAACCCCCAAAAACCAAGGCGGAGUCUAGAUAAUUAAUUCCCACUCUUCACAGUUUAUUUUUCACCCUCCGAUAGGAUCCCCUUCCUCCCACUCCCACCAAAUCCCCAAACCGGGAAAUUCUCGAUUAGACCGACUUGUAAUUAUUAUCUUCUUAAGUUUUCAUCCCUGUUCAAAGUCUCGUCGCGUACUUUCCCUAAGUUCCCAUUUCAGAUUUCUUUUUUAUCUUUAGAACUCUGUUACUAUAAUUUUAUUUCACACUUCAGUUCGCGAUUCGUUUCAUUUUCCUACAGUUUCAAUACCCAAUUGAUUUACCGCUGUCUAAUUAAUAUUUUGCUUCAUCUAUAUAUUCUCUCACUUUUUCGCUCACAAUAUUUCUCUUUCUCACUUUUGAAUUCGUGGUAAAAAAAAAAAAAAAAAACAAGAAGAAAAACAAAACGUAUGAAUAAAUAGCGUAAUAAAUGUGAUAUUUUUACGUGAGUGUGACCAAAACUUACAUUAAUAAUUGAGGAAAAAUAUAAAAAAUUCAAAGAAAUUGAUGCAACAAAAAGAAGAAGAAAAAAAAAUGUGGUAACCAUUAAGAACACCUAUGAGAUAGCUACAUAUUUCAUCCUAUCUAUCAUGUACUAAUCUGACUACUACUUAGGUAUUAUGGAAGUGUAACGUCUUGUGGUCAAUAUUAAAUGAAUUUUUUUCUAUACAUAAAA